AUUUUUAAUUUUCCCACGUCAUUCACAUGCAGAUUUAAGUUCACGAUUUUCAUUGGUACAGGUACUAGUACCCAUAUGCAUGCAGUGCGUUUGGUACUGUACCGGUAUCGCGGUGGACUCGACUCAGGUCCAGCCACCUGUUUCACCGGUACUUUUGCUCCCUUUUUAGCUGGCUGAGAGAUUGGAAGGAAGAAGGCAAGGAAUGCCCACCGUCGUGUUACGGGACAUGUAAUAGAACAGCUUCAGCAAAGCGCGAUACAUGGCAGAAAUAACAAAUAACGCAGAAACCCAACCUUUCGUAUAAGUAAAAGCAAAUGAGAUGGGCGUAGAAGCAGAGCAGGGAAAGGACAAGCCGCAUGAAGUUGAUCCUAACGAAUUGUUGAUCAGGGCACUGGAAAAUGAACAUCAAGCGGGAAGUCCUGAAGCUCGAACGAAUGUGCCAACGGAAGUGGUUCGCCACAGCUCGUGUGGCGGAGAUAAUGAGACAUGUGUUUCUUCUGUGACCGAUGCUGUACGAGAUGCCGAUCUUUUUGUAGAAUCCAUGUAUCCAACGUUGCAGGACGUUCUUGAGGAAGAGGAGACAGAGUCGUCCGAUUUACUGCCCGUGGCCUUCAACAACGAGGCGGCACAGCAAGACCUCCAGAACCAGGAGGUAUCUGUCACGAAAGCUGGAAUGGAGAAGAUGGAAUAUGCAGCUUCAGGGGAAGUCCAUAACAACCAGGUCCAAGUGAAUUUCGCCACUGCCCAACCAUCAUCUAUCGAAUCGGAGGAGGAGCAGAUCCUGCUGAAGGACGAUGCAAAUUCAGCUGGUGGAAAGGCUCGGGAAGUCCAUGGCAAAGUCAUGGAUGGGAACAAGGAUAUCAAGGACAAGACUGUCAGCCAAACCGGUAUAGAGAAAACGAAAGGCGAAAAGUCGGUUGAUCCGAAUGACCCUGCAGUGAAUAAUCCUCCAGGAGUGGAUGCCUAUCAGGCUGCCGUCGCAGAAGUACCUCCACUGCCCUUGUUCACUCGAAACCCUGGGCAACAACAGCCUACCCGUCCUGGGGCCUACGGGCAAUCGGGAGCAAAUCUACAGCGGAACACUACUCUCGAUUAUGCUAUUGUCGGGGCGAACGAGAACGAGAACGCGAACGGCGUGGCCGGACAACCCAAUCCGGGGGCGUUUGCCGUCGAAGGCAUCGGUGGAUCUCGUCAGCAAGCCGGCGGAGGUGUGGCAGAGAAUCCUCCGUGGGAUAUUACUGGUUCCGCCAACUUUACUACAAGCGAGCAGCUCGCGGUGGCAAAUCCCGUAGCGGAAGAUCCGGAGGCUCCAUCUGAUAUGAUGCGUGCAGUGGAGUUCAAUGACGAAAAAGCUGCAAGGGCCAGGCGGCGCAAAACCAAACAAAUGGCUGCACGAUUGCUCGGUGGAGGCUUGUUACUGAUUGCCAUUGUGGUUGGAGUCGUCGUUCUGGUCGUCUCUCGCGACGGAACAGAGGGAGCCUCAACCUCAACCUCAACACAUGCGCCCAGUCCAAGUCCAACACCCGCACCCACUGUUCUCACACAGCGCGGUUACAUCCAGAGCUUGCUUCCCGGCUACAGUGUCGACGCCAUCCUGCAAAGCCCCAAUUCUUCGCAAGCACUGGCUUUUGAAUGGCUCCUGGAGGACCCCAACCUGGAAAGAAUCGCCGGCUCGUACCGGCUGUUUCAGCGUUUCGCCUUGGCCACGCUCUACUACGCCACCGGUGGAAGCAGCUGGGUACGCAACGACAAUUGGCUCAGCUACACCGUGCACGAAUGCCGAUGGCAUUCCGCUCACACUUAUUAUGGCAAGCCCAAGGAGUCCUAUGGCAACGCCUAUGCCUACAACGACACACGGAUCAUCCUAAGUGACGACUAUCCCUGCAAACGUUUUGAUCCCGAAGACGAUUCCGCUGGAACCUACGAGCACGUUUGGCUAAUGCACAAUGCUCUUGCCGGGAGUAUCCCCAUGGAACUCUACCUUCUGACCUCUCUCAAGACAUUGAGCCUCACCGGAAAUACGCUGUCCGGUACAAUCUCCACAUUGGUUGGCAUGCUUACAAACAUGGAAGCAUGGGAAACUUCCUCUUUGGCUCUCACUGGCACUCUACCAACAGAGAUCGGACUGCUCACAAAACUCGAGGAGAUAUCCCUCAUGUAUAAUCAGUUCUCCGGGACAGUGCCAUCGACUCUCGGAUUGCUCACCAAGUUGCAGUUUCUCAUGGUGGACAACAUGAUGUUUACUGGCACCAUUCCGAGCGAGCUCGGGAGGUUGAGCGAUUUGAUUUGGCUCUACUUGCAGUACAACUCGUUGACCGGUGGCAUUCCUUUGGAGUUAGGGCAGCUUGUGGCGCUCGAGCAGCUUUGCCUCUGGUUCAAUUCUUUCACAGGAACACUGCCGUCAUGGGAGCUCUUGGAACUCUCGAACUUAAAAUGGUUAUUCACUGAUGGCAACCAAAUUUCAGGAACGAUUCCUACUGAAUUGGGCCUGCUCACCUCGUUGACAAAACUGGGCUUUCGGGAGAACCUGAUUACUGGAACCAUGCCCACUGAGUUGGGGCUUCUGGAGCACCUUGAUCAUUUCGAAAUUCGAAACAACGAGAUCACAGGGACCAUACCAUCAGAGUUGUCACAACUCCAAAAUCUUCUCCACAAACUAAACUUGAACGACAAUCAAUUGAGCGGCGAGAUUCCCAGCGAACUGGGGCUGCUAACAAGGUUGUGGUGGUUGCAGUUGAACAACAACCCGUUGCACGGCGCGAUCCCGUCCGAGAUGAGCUUAAUGACUUCGCUGUAUGUUCUGCAGUUGCAAGACUGCGACCUAUCUGGAGAGAUUCCAGAAGGAUUGUACCAGUUAAACGGAUCCGAAUGGGAUCCAUAUCAAAUUGGGCUUUCGAGGGGACAUCUUCCGUUGACGUUGAAUGUGUCGGGGAACGAAAAGUUGGCGGGUGCCUUCCCAGACAAGCAAUGCUCCGACAACUCCUUGCACUUCGACUGUUCCGAUCUUCUUUGUGGUUGUGAUUGUCCCUGUUUGGGAGCGGGCAAUGCCACAACCUCAAAUCACACCUUGAAAACUCCUGUUGAGCCAAUCCGAUGAAGCAAAGGCUGAAGUGGGUGUUGGCAGUGCUGGUAGCAUUCGAAAGGGCAUGUGUUCUUGAAAAAUAGUGAUGUUUCGGUGUCGUGUUAAAGAAAGAGCUUAUGUGUCCUCCUCUUGUCGACUCCGCUGUCGUCCUGGGCUUGUGGGAUAUGUUGCGAUCUGGUGUAGCCUGUCCUGUUGUUUCGUGGACGUUCGAUGGAACAACGGCGGCAAGAGAAGCAUCCGAGGGUGCGAAUACCAGGAAAUUGGCCGAUUGUUACGCUCGAGUCACGCUGUUGCCGGGAUCAAUAGUUGGUGGCUGGGCCAAUUCGUCAGAUGAAUCCAUCGUUUUCGUCGGCUCUCUCCUCUGCCCAGACAUAAUUCGGGUUUUUGGACGUUGUUCCAAUUUUUCUUUCCCCUGGUUCGCUUCAAUGCAUCGUCUAAGUGCCGUUCUUAGCAAUAGAAGAAGUAAGUGGAAUCGAUUCGGUAUCGCCAGUUCACGUAGGCCUCAGCUGGUCUCGCGCAACUUUUCAGCGCCAUUGCAUUUAUUCUUUGCCCAAUCGUGCCGUGGCCUCAAUAAUCCAAUACCUUCAUACGGAAGCCCCAUCAUUGUACCCUAUUGGACUCGGCGAGUAAUCUCCAGGCGCGAUCAUUGGGUAUCGCUAAGCUAAUUUUUACGCCUUGACCCCUUGAAUGCGUCGCGUUUUCUGGUGGAAGCAUCGUUUUUUCCCUAUGAGAAUGAACAAGCGUUGUCGCUAUCUUCCUGACUCAACUUCCCGGCCGGAUAUUGGCGAGUUGCUGAAUCAAUCGCCUCCACAGACUCAACCUUGCGCUUCUUUUGUUCGUUGCCGUCUCCGUGCUCGUCGAUUUUUCGCUUCUUUCGGGGUUCCACCGACAUCAACUCUUGCUUCAGCGAGUCUCUCUCUUCCUUCACUGCAUUCAGCUCCUCAGUCAAACGACGAAUCUCGCCUCCUUGGUCCACAGUCUUGGCCUUGAGUGAAAAGGUUGUAAAAUAGAUUUUGAACAGGACCGCACUCACUACCUUGGUCAACAAACACAUUGCUUCCAACGAAGGGUGGGGUUCAUGGUAGCAUCUACCACCGACACCCCUGAGACCAAUUGGGAGAAAGCGUAUCACUUCAUAGACAUCCAAGCAGAACUCUGGAGGCGGGAUGAGGUAUAUCUCGUCGAACAAGGUACAGCCUGUUUUGUUGGGGUGAGCUCCCAAGAUGUUUGCGAUAUCGCCAUGACCUGGUUCCAAAGUAGUGUCAAUUUUUUCUUUAUCCUGAUCUGUGAGAUUCGCUGCCAUUUCACGAUCACAGAACACCAUGACGCAACGAUAAAAGUCACGAAGCUUUCGAAUUCUUCGUUCCUUUUCCUCAUCAUUUUCACCCCCUUCGUCGUCACUGGAAUCGAAAACAAGAACGUCAUCGUCUUGGUCUUGGAUAGAGCCUUCAUCCUCAGAUUCCAUCCAGCUCGACUCUGACUCACUGUCCUCUCCAUCUUGUUGGUUGUUGGAAUUGUCGACUUCCUUCUUUGCAAUCAGUAUCUUCGGAUCCCCUUCUUCUUCGGUAGAAGAUUCUUCCCCAUCAGAAUCCUGCAUGUCAGAACCCUCCUCUUCAUCCUCGAUUUGGUUAUCAACAAAAAAAUGUCUCUCUUUGAACAUUUCGCCUGGAAACCUGACCCAAAAGUCCAGUGCAUGAGCCACGGUCUUGGGGGUGAUGAUUGUCUGGUAAUCACGAGGAAACCCAAAACCCAUCCAGUCACCAAGGCAUUCCAAGAAUAGUGUCAUUUCAUGACCCAAUUCGUCUCUCAUGUGAACUGGAUUACUAUGUUCUCGCGACAGAGCUUCAUGCAGAUAAUCAGGUAAGGUUAUCUUGUAUCCACUCACAUUGAUCCUUGUUAAAAGGUGUACAUAUGGCCGUACAAAUACUCUCCUUUUGCCUGCCCUUUUGCCUGCCCUUUUGCCUGCAGCCUGACCCAAAAGUAAGUCAACGCUACUGAAGUCGCAAUAAUAGCUUUCCUUGCGGUGGAGGGUUAGAGGCUUGAGUGGGGGCUGUGGCAUGGUCAAGGUGUCUUGCUCUUAAUUUGUACAAUAGGUUCAUGUUGUUUGUGCUGGCACCCUCGCCUCCGCUAGCUAGCUACCAGUAGACUACUAUUAGCUAGCAGUCCAAGUUGAAAAUCCUCAGAGCCGGUGCGGUAUCUUAUUUUUACCAUUUAGGCGCAAGUUGUUGCCAC